AUACUUUAUAUUGCUGAUUGACCACACUCCAUUAUCAGAGGCGUGUGGGUUGAACUUUAUACGACGCAUACAAAAAUAUAUAUUAGUAAGUUCCUUUAUUUUUACUAUUCAUACUUAAAAAGACAGACAUUGAAUAGUUUAUACACACUCCAUUCUUGAAGAAAAAAAAGUAAAAGAAAAACAAUAUGUUGCGAAAAGUUGCCGGCCGGCCGUACAAGACGAUGGUUCACCGCUUAUCACGGACGAGCUCCGCCGUAGCAGAGGGCAGCUCCUCCAGCAAAAAAGCCGUUCUUCAGCUCGUGAGGUUUGAUCCAGAGAAAAACUGCUCGCGUGUGGAGAGCUACGAGUACGAUAAAAGUCACGAUUACAUGGUUCUCGACCUCCUCAUUGCCGUGAAAGCGCAUCAGGACCCCACUUUGGCGUUCCGUAGCUCCUGCUGUGAGGGGGUAUGCGGGAGCUGCGCGAUGAACAUCAACGGCAUCAACUCCCUCGCCUGUAUCACCUUUGCACAAAAGAUCACGACGGUCGGUCCGCUGCCGAAUUUUCCCGUUAUCAAAGACUUUGUUGUGGAUUUGCGUUAUUUCUUCCAGCAGUACUCUUUUAUUCGUCCCUUUGUGCGAAAUAUUAACCUCAGCCGCAGUCGUAUUGACGCGAUUGAUGCGGAUUACCAAUCCAUAGUGCGUGCGAUGAAUGGAAUGAGCGCUAAUGAGGCCGCGGCAACGGCGGAGGGAUUUACCAGCAAGGAGCCCGCGAUCGGUGCGCUGCAGCGGCUUUGUGAGGCUUUUUGUGAUAGCGGAAAUGUCAGCGGGGUGUUAGACGUUCUUGGAGAAGUAGAGCGACGUGGGGGGAUGCUCGAUCAUGAAAAAACGAUCGAGUUGAUCAAAUCCACCCUCGCUAACCACCGCGCGGCGCGCGGGAAAUGACUGCCCCUCAAUACUCUUAGCGGAGAAGCCUAAAAGGAGAAAGGGUAGGUCAUAUUAAUGAAUGGGGAGAAAAUGUCUGAAAAGAAAUUUCUUCUGGAAAUGUGUGGUGAUAGUUUUUUUUAGCCUGACUUCCAUCUUUUCUGAGGGCAUGCUAUCCGUGAUUGGGUUUAGGAUCUUUUUAUACGAAUAUUUUGUUUAUUUCCCUUCUUCCAAACACAAAAAUCCGGCUAUUUGAUGAUAUACUUCUAUAAUAUUUUCCUACGCUAUGGUUAUGUAGAGAAAUCCAAGAUAUGGAGAAGCAUGAAGUUUGUGGAGGGAUAUUUUUUUAUUUUAGGGAUAUAUUUCCCUUUUGUUUUCUAAUCAAAACCCCUUAGCGCUUUUGAAGCUCUUAAUUUAUAUUUAUAAUAUUAUAUUACCAUUCUAGUUCACUCUGCUUACAGGUGAACUAAAUCCUUUAUGCAUUUGGUAGAAUUAGGUACCUAUUAAUAAUGGAAAAAAAUCGGAAUUACUUUACUGGAGUUUAUCAUCUUUAUCCCAGUGUAUGAUACAAAACGAUAAGUUAUUAGAAAGUCUAAAAUGGUCACCUGAAGUAUACGAAUAAUAGUGAAAUAUGUGUAUGUGCGCCAUUGU